AUGACCGCGCCCAUCUUCCAUUUGGGCUCCCCCACAGGAUGGAGGCGACUGCCGCCGGCGCUGCUGCCGGGCAGAACCGGUCUGGAUCCAGAUCCAGAUCGGGACACGACUUCGGAUACGAAUAUGGAUUCCGGUGAUGAAGAUCGGCACAAUAAAAGUCGCCGGCGGGCCGCGGCGGCUACCGCUACUGCCAUCGAGCAAUGGGAUUUGGAUUCCGCGGGUUGCUUUAGCGGCUGUAGCCUUGUGGACGAGCAGGGAGUGCCCACCAUUUUGUAUACGGGGGUCAGGCUACGACCCGGGGUGCCGCCUGACGUGCCCGGUAUGUACGGCACCGUUAGUCAGUUGGCGGAGGAGCGGCAGUUACUGGCCAGGGCAGCGGACCCAGAUGAUCCCGACCUGAUCACGUGGGUUAAGGAACCCCGGCCUUGGAUGGACGCGCCGCCACCCGGCAUGCCGUACAACUGCUUCCGGGAUCCGUUCCUGCUGUCACGGCCGCUCCGGAACCAACCCGCGGGUCAUCACCCGGCGCUCGAAAAGGGUGUUGGGGGUCAGGUUGUGGGGGGGGUUAGUGUCGUUGAUGACGACUUCAGCGCCGGCUGUGGUGGCGGCAACGCGGGUGGCGGCGGCGGCGGCGGCGGCGGCUGUGAUCGGUGGGUGGUUAUGGUCGGAUCCGGCCGAGGUGACUACCGGGCCGCCGCCUCCCGUGGCUGUGUAUUGACGUACAGCACACAGCGGCUCAGCAGCAGAGAUUGGCGGUUCGAGGGUGUGCUGGCGGAGAGUCCCUCCGCCCAGGCGGGGGCGGUGUGGGAGUGCCCCGUGCUGGCCUGGCUGCCUAGGCGGGGGAGGAACAGGAGCAGUAGCGGGAGGCGCGGUGGAGGCAGCAGCAGUGACAGCAGUAGCAGGGGGAGUAGCAGCAGCUGCAGGGACAGUGCGGUUGGGCUGCUGGAGAGGACCGCAACUAACGGCCGCCGGGGCAAUCAGGAGGAGGAGGGGGAGGACGGGGAGGGCCGAUUCCCGGGCCGUGUGGUGAUGUGGUCAUGGCUCCGGGAACGUCACACCUCCCCCGACCCCCCCACCGCACCCGCAACGUACGCCGGUGCCAUCAGCGUGCCCAGGCUGUUGACCCGUGGGUCAGUAGACCUGUCGACAACGACGACAACGGCGCCAGCACCGAAACGUGGGACAACGGGAGGAAUCGCUGCCGAGACGGCGACGGGACGGACCCGUGGGUCGGCUGUGACGUGGAGGCUGCACCAGGAGCCCCUUCCGGAGCUAUGUCGGCUGCGAAGGGGCGACCCGGAGGGACCCACGGGUCUGGACGGGGCGGUGCUGGAGGCGGGAGCGGAACCGGUGGCUCUCCAUCUGGACGUCGAGCUUCGCAUAAGUCCAUUGUCGUACGACGGCCCAGCCGACGGCAGCACGGCACCGUACAACGUGUCAUGGAUGCUAUCCAUUGAGCCUGGCUCUAGCGACAGCGGGCGCGGAGGCGGUGGCGGAGACAGCCCUAGCGUUGGCGGCGAUGCUGCCGUACUGUCGUACGACUUCGCCACGUGCCAGCUGGCCGCCACGGUAGGUCCAGCAGACGCAGUACGGCACCUGCGGCAGCAGCAGCAACUACAGGGCUCAGUCAGGGUUGACGGCACGCGGACUGCCGUACAGCUGCCUGCAUCACCACCUGCCGCCGGCACCGCUGCCAAGGCUGCUGCUGCUGCUGCUGCAGCUGACGCUGCUGCGGCAGCAGGGGCAGCGCCGGCAGCGGAUGCCGCGCCGCCGGGCGAAGUUGCGGCGGAGGCGGAGGCGGCGGCCGCCGCGACGGCGGCGGCUGGUGCAUCAUCGCCGCUGCCCCCCUGCUGCCGCCGUGUGGGUGGUGUGCUGUCAGGACUCGGACCAGCAGACGCCGACGUCGACGCCGACGUCGACGGCGGCGGUGGCGGUGGCGGAGGCCCGCCGCUGGUUGGCCCCGACGUCGCCUUCUGGGACCCCUCCGCCGACGAUGCCUGGUUGGAUCCCAACUUCCCAGUCUAUCACACAUUCAUCCGCUCCAAUCUCAACACUGUCGGCCCUGCCAACGCCACCACCAUACUGCUCAGGCUUCAUCGCGGUAUCACUGUUGGGCUGUUCAACAACCCCAACCACAGGCGGCAGCUGGAAAAUCUGGGCCUGCGGCCCGACACCGCAUUCGGCUGCGCGGCGGCCUUCCUGUUCUUUCCCAACGCGGAGACGCGGGCGCUGGCGGCGGAGGACCCGGACCUCCAUUCGUUGAUGUUGGACGAGCAUGUGAUUAAAAUCGGGAUCCAGAUUCGGCUGGGGGACGAUAAGAUCCUGGCGCAGAUUGCGGCGACGGGGGGGACCCAGGGGAGCCCAGGCGAUGCCGGGGGCAAGGUGGCGGACAAGGAUGUCGCUCUGGACCCCGACACGGAGCGGCGGGUGGAGGGCUACUUCGAAUGCGCCCAGCAGCUGGCUGAGAGUGUGGAGCUGCUCAGCGGUCCGGACGCACCCCGACAACAACGACAACAGCAGCAGGGGCAGAACGCGACGAGGCCCGGGGCUCCUCCCCUGCCCACCCCCCACCCAAACGCCGCGGACCACCCGCCGCUGCGUAUACAGUACUACUUGAUGACGGACACUCUAGCUAUACGGCAACUAGCGCAGCGGAGGUUUGGCACGCAGCUGCUAACCAUGCGCGCUACCGCCGUACAGUUCUUCCGUAAUGUCACCCCUGACGGUCUCCGCCGUACAGCCCUGGAGCACUGGUACUUCUCCCGGAGCCACCACCACGUGAUUACGGCACAAAGCGGCAUGGGUCGUACGGCAGCUUUCAUGGGGCUGAGGCCCGGGCCGUCCGUGUUCAGCAUGGAUGCGGACGUGGGGGGAGUCAGGGUUUGGGGACGCGGCUGCGCGGUGUGGGAUGCGGACAAGCCCAUGGACGUGUACGGCAUUUGGUCGGGGGUGUGA